GAAUUCAUAAAUUCAUAAAUUUAUAUAUAUAUAUAUAAUCAUCAACGUCUUCAAAAUGUGGCGGUGGUUUCCAUAUUUACAGUAAUCAAAAUCACGGCCAGUCUCUACCGCCAUAGAUGGCGACCUUAUUCCGUCUAUCUCUCCUCCUCUUCUCUCUCUUAUCCAUCUUCAUACUAACUCAUGCCAGACUCAAUCUCCACCGUCCAGAUCACGACGCACUUCAAAUCUUCAAAAGAAUUAUUCAAGUCAACGGCCAAUCCCUCCACCAUGAAACCGCCUGCCAUGCCGCCGACGGCAUCUAUUGUGAACGACGGUUGGUCAAUAACACCCACGUGCUUCGAAUCACCCGCAUCGUGCUUGAAUCUCAUCACCUACAUGGAACUCUUUCUCCGGCUAUUGGACGCUUAUCGGAGCUCCGGGAACUCUCUCUUCCUCAUAACUUUCUUUCCGGGUCUAUUCCACCUCAGAUCUCCGAUUGCAGGAAGCUUGAGAUUCUCAAUCUGAGAAAUAAUCGAUUCUCUGGUAAAGUCCCGCCGGUGCUUUCUUCUUUGAUUCGUCUUCGAAUUAUUGACUUUGCCUCUAAUGAACUCAAUGGGGAUCUGAGUUUCCUCCGUUACUUCCCUAAUCUUGAAAAACUUUCACUUGAAAACAAUAAGUUUUCCGGGAAAAUCCCCAAUUCAGUUCAAUCGUUUCUGAAUCUCCAAUCCUUUAACUUCUCCGGCAACAAUGGAAUUUCUCUUCCCAAACGUUACAUCUUGUUAGAGAAUUCCAACACGAGAAGUGACGGAGCAAGUUCAAUAGCAAUGACACCUUCGUCUUCACCUUUAGCAAGCAAGAAUUUAAACAGCACGGAUUCAGGUCCGUCACCGUCACCGUCAACAUCCCCGGCGGCCGAGAACAAGAAGAAGAAGAAUAAACACCCAACAACAUGGAUUCUGGGUUUCGUUGCCGGAUUGGUCGCCGGAACUAUCUCCGGUUUGCUAUUCUCACUUCUGUUCAAAAUAGUAACUUUCAUCAUCCAAGGCAGAGGAAAGGAACCGGGUAUUGUAAUCUUCAGUCAGUCGAUUAAGAAUACAGAGGAUUUAGCCUUCCUUCAGCAAGAAGACGGUCUGGCAUCUCUAGAGCUGAUCGGAAAAGGGGGUUGUGGAGAGGUUUACAAGUCGGAGUUACCAGGAAGUGAUGGAAAGUUAAUUGCGAUUAAAAAGAUCAUACCCGUCAAAGAAGGGUCGGAUCUAAGUGAUGAAGAAUCAAGAUUUCUUGACAAGAAGAUGCGGCAGAUCAAAUCAGAAAUUCAAACCGUGGGUCAGAUCCGUCACAGAAACCUCCUACCUCUUCUAGCCUACGUUCCUCGUCCCGAUUGUCAUUUCCUAAUAUACGAAUUCAUGAAAAACGGCAGUUUACAAGACACUCUGUAUCUAGCUGUUCAAGGUAAAGUUGAAUUAGAUUGGUUAGCCCGACACAAAAUCGCAAUAGGAAUAGCAACCGGUCUUGAAUACCUUCACUUAAGCCAAAGCACACGAAUUAUCCACCGAGAUUUAAAACCGGCUAACGUACUUCUAGACGACAACAUGGAAGCUCGAAUCACCGAUUUCGGUCUGGCCAAGGUGAUGCCAGACGCCAACACACACAUAACCGCGUCCAAUGUGGCUGGAACCGCGGGUUAUAUCGCGCCUGAAUAUCACCAAACGCUGAAGUUCACUGACAAGUGCGAUAUAUAUAGCUUCGGCGUUCUUCUCGGGGCUUUAGUGAUGGGUAAGUUUCCUACUGACGAGUUCUUUCAGCAAACCGCUGAGCCGACACUGGUUAAGUGGAUGAGGAGCAUCAUGACUUCGGAAGAACCUUUAAGGGCGAUUGAUCCGAUGAUGAUUGGAAAUGGGUUUCAUGAACAAAUGCUACUUGUACUUAAGAUCGCUUGCUUUUGUACUAUAGACGAUCCAAAGCAGAGGCCAAACAGUAAGGAAGUCUGCGUUAUGUUGUCUCAAAUCAAGCACUAGAAAAGGGUUCUAUCUAUUAAUGUGCAAAUGUUUGUUUGUUGUACUAACUUACGUGACAAUAUUUCAUUACCAAUAUGUUGUUGUAACUUGUAUCAAAGUAAAUUAGGCAUGGCCUCAUGGGUCUAAAUGUAAUAAUAAAUCAAUAUGCAAUAUUCUGUUGCCACGUUUUGGGUAAUGUAAUGAAUC